CUGGGCUUCAACGUCGACCUCCGCCAGUUCAGUCCCUCCUUUGCACCCCACCUUUUCUCCCCUGUUAUCAAUUCCCGUCACUCGAGGUCCGAUAACCGAGAAUUAUACCCCAGACAGAAACAUGUCUCGAAACGCGCAAGUCGAGGAGGUCUACGACGACUCCGAUCCGGAGGAAGUUGCUCCCUCCGACUUCACUAAUGAAUCUCUCCUCUCCGCUGCAAACAUUCCUGCUUCUGCCUCGUCUUCGAUACCCAUGAGACCGGCCCCCGACCCGCAGCGCGAUAUCCCCAAACAUUUCCAAUGCCUGUACCCCAUCUACUUCGACAAGUCGCGGUCGCGCGCAGAAGGUCGCAAGGUCGGCGCGGAACUUGCCGUUGAGAAUCCUUUGGCCAGAGAUAUUGUCGAUGCGGUGCAGAUGCUCGGGUUGACAGUCGGAUUCGAGCCGGAUAAGCUCCACCCGAAGGAUUGGGCGAACCCCGGGCGAGUGCGUGUGCUGCUGAAGGAUGAGAACGGGAAGUUGACAAACUCGAAAAUCAAGAACAAGCAUCAUCUCUACAUCCUCGUGGCCCAGUAUCUCAAAGCACACCCGACCACCGAGAAAUCUCCGUACAAUUUGAGGAUCCGAGGCCUCCCCACACCGGAGAAGCUUCCUGAGGCUCCGGCUGCUCCUCGUGGUUGGAAGAUUGGAAAGAUCCUGCCCCUACACUCUCCGGCUUAUACCGGUGGCGGUGUUAGCGACAACCCGCUCAAGGACGCUAUGUCGGAGAUGCAGAACAUGCAGGGUAUGCCGGGGAUGCCUCAAAUGCCUGGGAUGCCAGAUCUCGCCGGGCUGAUGGGCGGCAUGGGUGAUUCUCCUGCGGCAUCGAGCGUCCACCAUGCGUCAACAAAGUCAUCAGGAAAGGCCAGUGGUCGUCAGAUCACGCGAAACCGCGCCAGUUACAGCUGCCACACCUGUCGGAGGCGGAAGGUCAAAUGUGACAAGGUCCACCCUACGUGCGGAAACUGCCUGAAAACCGGAAACGAGUGCAUUUACGAUGCGAUGCCCAAGGAUGAGUCGCGCAGCCAUACAAAGGAGGGACACGGGGUUAAGCGGAGGCGAGAACUGUCGGGACCGUUGGAGGACGAUAUCGACGAUUUGCAAUCGGUCUAUAGCCAUUUGAGGCAGGCGGGUUCGUCGGAGCAGAAGUCCGGGUCAAAUGGGAUCGAAGCACGACUGGACAAGCUCACGUCGAUGAUCGAACGGUUGAGCAAAACCAAUCAACCGUUGGAUCCGGCAGAGAGACAGCUGCUGGCGCAGAAUGUCGGCUUGGAGGCUGCGAGGAGGGACGCGCGACCGACUCAUGGCCUGCCGUUGAAAUCGGCCGGAAACUCUCGUCCGGACAGUCCGCGGCGGGCGGCUGAUUCUGGCGAUGAAUUUCCUAUUCCUUCGGGACAUGCGACCGAUCUGGUUGAUCCGGUAGGGAGCUUGAAUUUGGGUCAUCUGAGUUUGGAGGAUGGAGGGAGGUCAAGAUAUGUGGGAACAACAUACUGGGCGUAUAUAUCGAAUGAGAUAAACGAGCUCAACCAACUACUACGUGACCAGAAUCGCUCGCACAAUGACUCAACCACCAAUGAAGGCUCGGCCGAGGAACCGAUGCCAGACUCGAUGGUGCGCACACCAACUAGUCAAUGGAAAAUGGAUGAAAGCCCUGGAGGAACUGUCGCCGAAAGCAGGCCAACUACUGGCGAAGCGUUCCAACGAUCGGUGUUGUUUCCUUCAAGUGAAUCGCCAUCGGUGAUAGACAAGAUCGUGGAACCGGAGAUGCUGGACCAUGUCCCGACAAAACGCCAAAGCCAUAUCUUGUACCAAGGUUUUAUGUCCGGAAUUCAUGCGAUCAGUCCGGUGAUUCACCCCCCGACAAUACUCAAACUAUACAACGCCUUUUGGAAUUGGUAUGACUACAGUAGCUACUCGGGCGAGCCUUGCCCGGAUCCCUCGUUUAUACCGCUACUCUACGCUAUCUGGUACGGCGGAUCUAUCACGGUAUCUAUCCGGAUAAUCAAAGCCGAGUUUAAUGUUGCAUCACGCUCCGCCUUGUCGAAAACAUUCCAUGAAGAGGUCACGCGUUGGCUGACCAAGAUCUCAUUCCCUCGAAGCCCGUCAUUGCAAGGACUGGCCGCAUAUCUCUUGGUUCAGACGAUUCUUUCCAAGGAAGAAGAGCCACUUACCAGCAGCUUGUUUGUGAGUCUGGCUAUGAGAGUGGCGCAGACGAUGGGACUGCACCGGGACCCGGCCAAGUUUGGGAUCCAACCCUACGAAGCAGAGUAUCGCCGACGAAUCUGGUGGCACAUUGUGCAUAUGGAUGGCGUUGUGGCCAUGUCGAGUGGACUUCCACCGCUGGUCAGCGACGAGAACUUCUGGGAUGUUCGUGAAGCUAGUGAAGUAAAGGAUACGCUGCUCGGCACUCACCAGGCCGAAACCUAUGAACGUAUGGUUGCUGCAGGUAUGCGGCCUCCCGACAAUCCCGAUGACCCGACUGUGUGUGGCGGACCCUCCACGGUGAACGUGUAUUAUCUGUCGGCCCGAGGGAAAUAUGUCAUGGCCUCUGCUGUCCGACGGAUCUUGAGGAUCCAGUUGGGCAUCAAACCAAUCACUCGAAGAGACAUGGAGGAACUUAGAUCCAUCCUUCUUGAUCUUCAGCUUCAACUUAAUUCGAUAAUCAAUCGCAUCCCCGAACCAAGCAUCUCUUACAGUUCUCCCGAUAGAUCAUAUUCCUCCCAGUCCCCAGUGGAAAUCCGUUCCAGCGACACGGAACUCCCAGGUAAAGGACCUUCCGGUUGCCUUGAACAGUACCACACGCCGGUCCUUGUAUCUUUCCAUAAGUGGGCAAGGAUACUGCUGUCGUUAUUUAUCGACAAGGCAUUUUGUGUUGCAUAUCAACCUUUUCUUAAGAAUGCGAAGAGUCGGAUAUGGCCCGCUGCCAGGCAAAGUGCUCUCCGUCAUUGCCACGGCUUCAUGGAGAAAUUCAUCUCUCUUGCCACUGACCCUGAAUUCCAACCCUUUCACUGGAGUUGGCCCGGGAACCACCAACCAAUGCAUGCCGCCAUGAUCAUGCUCAUUGACCUUCACGAGCGACCCUCUAGCCCCGAAGCCCCCAAGUCUCGUGCAUUCAUCGAUAAGAUAUUCUCGCUCACCGGCCCCGACGGGGGUGUGGUCGGCGGAGAGGACGGCAUCUCUACACAACGACCCUUGAAGGACGGCGGCCGCGAAGCCUGGGAUAUGAUUCGCAGACUACGCCAAAACGCAUGGCAAAAGGCUGGUCUCGACCCACAGAAGCUCUGGACGGAGCAAGCGCAGGUGCAAGCUGGUGUCGCGGCGCCUGAUGAGCCUCCUCCUUGUGCCAGUGACCCCUAUUACGCCAACAACGCCGGCUCACCCCCAGUCGCGCCGAUGUCCUCUCGGCGACAGCUUUCCGACUUCUCCAAGAUGUUCUACAACAUGACCCGGUCCCAUGUACUCCCCAACCCGGCCUCUACGCUACGUCCCAGCCCUCUUCGAAACCAAAUCCCUCAGUCUACGAACCCGGCCCCCGUCCCCGCAACUCCACGCAUGGCAUCUACUCCACCGUUCCCCCAAACCCCUGCCACAAACUCUCGCUCCAUCGACUCUGCUCUGACAGCAUCUCCCCUAUCUUCUCAAACCCUUCCGCCACUAAACAACGCCCCCGCCCCAGCUCAAGCCCAAUACAACCAACCCGCCAACGUCCCGUCCCCAUCCCCGUCUACCCUUCUGCCCUUCAUGGACACAGCUUCCCCAUCCCAUCAGCCCAUGGCCGUCCCGACCCCUCCCUCCAUGCAUCUCCCCGUGGCGGACGAGCUAAUGGAACUGGAUCCCGUGUCGGGAUUCGAGUUCGGGGAUCUCGGCAGCGUGCGAGGUUCGCGGAGCAGUCAGGCUGGUAGUCUGGCGGGAGGCAGCGAGACGGGGAUGGAUGAUGUUCGGCCACCCGAUUGGUACGGGUAUUGUUGA